UAGAUCCCUGGCGAGCAACAGAAUGCGUGUUUCAAUCCAGCCAGAGCUUGUCGCGGGCCUGGAUCUCCGCGAUAUCCGGGUGACGGUGCGUGGCGCUGGCGUCGAUAAGUACCCAGGUAUGUCCUGUGUCUGAACCCGUUCCAUUCUGAACCCGUUCCAUUCAGAACCCUCCCCACCCCUUUGCUCUCCCUAUUUAUGCGCCCUUCAGGGACGCCCCGAGACUAACAGGGAGUCCGGCGCAGCUAAACAACAUGCGCGCAAAGCCGCGAUGAAGCUGGGGGUUUCCAGCGGCCUUAUAUAUCUUGCUGGGAAACCGACCGUCAAUUGGGGCGAUUCGGACCAAGAACAGCCCUUUCGACAGAGACGCUAUUUCUACUAUCUUAGUGGGGUCGACGAGCCGGAUUGCUUUCUGACCUACGACAUCACCAACGACUUGCUGAUUCUUUAUGUUCCUGACUUUGACUUGCACCGCACAAUAUGGAUGGGGCCCACGUUGACCACGGACGAAGCUGAACGCCGAUUUGACGUAGACAAAGUGCGCUACUAUUCUUCCCUACAGAGCGAUGUCGAGUCAUGGGCGAAAAAAUACAAUGAUGCCUCCCCAAUCUACAUCCUCCAUAGCUCCCAGCAGCCCGAAAUCCUAUCCAACGAGCUUCACCUAGAUGAUAAGCUUUUGUUACCCGCAAUGGAUGCGGCCCGAGUGAUUAAGGAUGACUAUGAGCUUCGUAUGAUACGCCACGCAAACAAGAUCUCAGGCCUGGCCCAUCGAAAAGUCCUCGAGAAGAUCCACAAGAUGUCCAACGAAGCCCAGAUCGAAGGCCUUUUCCUGGACACCUGCGUGUCGCACGGAGCAAAGAACCAAGCAUACGGAAUUAUUGCUGGGUCUGGGCCCAAUGCGGCCGUCCUCCACUAUAUGAAGAACAACGAGCCCCUCAAGGGAAGACAGCUGGUCUGUCUGGACGCAGGUGCAGAGUGGGAGUGCUACGCAAGUGAUGUGACCCGCACGUUCCCUCUGGCCGCCGAUUGGCCUAGUUCAUACGCCCGCGACAUCUACCACAUUGUAGAAGAGAUGCAGGAGGAGUGUAUUAGGCGCAUCAAGCCAGGUGUGCGGUUUCGCGACUUGCAGGUGCUUGCUCACGAGAUCGCCAUUGGAGGCCUGCAGAAGCUAGGCGUUCUCAAGAAGGGCACCUUGGAGGAGAUCCGUGUGUCUGGGGCGUCGUCCAUUUUCUUCCCCCACGGGUUGGGCCAUCAUGUUGGACUGGAAGUCCACGACGUGUCCGAAAAGCCAAUCACGGGACUGAGGUGGUCUGGCAGACCUUGCAAACCUGACUUCAUCCCGGCCAUGAGCCUGUCAGUUCCCUUGCUUGAGGAGGGCAUGGUUGUCACCAUCGAGCCCGGCAUUUAUUUCUCCCAGCUUGCUCUGGCAAAUUCUCGCAAGCAGCCGCUAGCACGGUACAUCAACUUCGACGAAGCCGAAAAGUACAUUCCCAUCGGUGGCGUGCGCAUUGAAGACGACAUCCUAGUCACCAGGACAGGGUAUGAGAAUUUGACAACGGCGCCGAAGGGCCAGGAGAUGCUGGAGAUCAUCCGGCACGGGAUCGACAAUUAGCCGACCCGUCAUGUCGACGAUUCAAUCCUUGGCGGUGGACAAGUGCUCGUUUCACAAUUCCCGCAAUCUGCCAGUCUCAUUAUGUAUGAUGUAGCCAGUCUAGACCCUCGCAUGGUGUGUGGACUGUGGAGCGUUGCUGGUAGUAGUGUUAUCCGAGUUGCACAAUGGCAUGAUUGGCUGCAAGAUGGGACUCCAUAUUCCCUCAGCAGUCUCGAUUCCAUCAGAGAGGAGGUCCCUAGUAGUCAGUAGUGUUUUGUCUCCGUCAUCCUUUUCAAUAAUAACCGGGCAAUCCUACACACUCCCAACCAAGGAAGUCAAAACCCAUCAACCAGUCCUUUACCUCCGAAGCCCAUUAUCCCAACCAAAGAACACCAAACAACAAAGCACCGCAUGAAACAAGCCCACCCACCAUCUCAGGUACACCCGAUUCAGAACACCACCAAACAACAUCCCAAACAAACAGACAGACAGACAAAAAAGAAAAAU